GGGCCUUGUUGUCCGUCUCGCGCCCGAAAGCAACUGCUGCUACAAAGGCUCUCGAUCGCUCGCGAGGGCCAGAGAAGAGAAGAGACUCCAUCGCCAUCGCCAAUCGAUCGCUCGCUCGCUCGCUCGAUCGAUCGAAGCACCGAAAGCCAGGGCGGAGGACGAGCAGAGAGAGAGAGAGAGAGAUGUCGGCAGCAGCGGCCCCUUCGCCUGCCCAGGCCAGGGCUCUGCUCAAGGCGUUCAUGCGAGAAGCUCGAAAGUUUCCGAAUUACAACAUCCGCGAGUACGUGAAGAGGCGAGCCAAGGAGGGCUUCAAGGAAUGCCAGUCCAUCAGCGAUCCCGCCGCCGCCGCUGCGGCCUUCGCUAAUGGCCGCGCGCAGCUGGAAGUGGCGAAAAGGCAGUCGGUCGUGUACUCUCUCUACGCGCCCCGAGUCAAGAGUAUCAUGGAUUUGAAGAUCACCGAGACCACGUUAUGAUCUUCGUUCCGUGCUGGACUUGUAGACCUGCUUUGGAUCCGUUCGAAUUUGAUGGCGCUGCACUAACCCGCUUAGAAGCACCUUCAGCGCAUACUACUCAGAGCUUGAUAUCGACGUAAUCGAAGAAUCAUCACUUCCCGUUGACUGAGACCUGGAGGGCCUUCUCCACAAUCUGGCGAGUUACAUGGUUUCGUUGUUUUUUUAUACAUGCGAAUAUGCUGGUGUACAUGAUAGGAUGUAGCGGUGCAGUGGGCCGGUGUAGUCUCCCAAUCUUAGGGUUUCUAGUUUGGUCACGGUAGGUAUAAGGAAUGGUCUAAUUGGUUAGAACCAUCCACAGUCGAAAGUACUUUCAGCUUGUCAAUGGCCUUUACUGAAGGCGAGUCCGUGUGCUGUGCGAAGCGCAGAAAGGCGUUUCCGAAGCCUGUAAUUACGAACUGAGUUCAUGAUACUCGAAAAAUGAAUGAGUUGAAGCUCUUGUUAUAUC